AUGUCUCUCUCACGCCUCAUCACUCCUCUCUGCUGCACUUCUUCAACUUCAGAUUCUAUGGUGACUACAUCAUAUGCGAAGGAGAAAAUGGAGAAUACAUCCUGGUGCCGUGUGGACUUAAAAGAAAGAAUCAGGAAAAUGUUCAACAAGGUUGAACUUUCUGUUUCUUCAUAUGAUACAGCUUGGGUGGCAAUGAUACCCUCUCCAGCUUCUCCUCAUACCCCACUUUUCCCUGAGUGCUUAAAUUGGUUGUUGGGUAAUCAACUCUUAGAUGGUUCCUGGGGUCUUCCUGAUCGCCACCCAUUACUAAUGAAUGAUGCUCUCUUAUCUACCUUAGCAUGCAUCCUUGCUCUAAAGCAAUGGGGUGUUGGAGAAGAUCAAAUUAACAGGGGUCUUCAGUUUAUUGAGUCAAACAUUACUUCAAUUAAUGAUGAGAAGCAACACCCUCCCCUAGGAUUUGAAAUAAAUUUUCCUUCUUUGAUCGAAUAUGCACAAAAUUUGGGCAUUAAGCUUCCAAUUGGAGCUACAAGCUUGGAAACAAUGAUGCAGAACAGAGAAUUAGAGAUCCAAAGAGGUAUUCAAAGCAAUUCAGAAGGGUGGAGAGCAUAUCAAGCAUAUCUUUCAGAAGGAAUGCUGGACUCACAAGACUGGAAAACAAUCAUGAAGUAUCAAAGAAAGAAUGGAUCUUUGUUUAAUUCACCUGCUACAACAGCAGCUGCUUUUCAGCGCCUUAAGAAUGCUGAAUGUCUUGGUUACCUUCAAUCUGUAUUAGAAAAGUUUGGAAAUGCAGUUCCGACAGUUUACCCUCUGGAUAUAUAUGCUCGUCUCUAUAUGAUUGAUAGUCUAGAAAGGUUGGGUAUUAAUCAUCAUUUCAAAGAGGAAAUUCGUAGUGUAUUGGAUGAUACAUACAGAUAUUGGGUGCAAGGAGUGGAUGAUAUAUUCUUGGAUCCCACCACCUGUGCAAUGGCAUUUCGAAUGUUACGUCUCAAUGGCUAUGAUGUAUCUUCAGAUCCAUUUUAUCAAUAUUCUGAAGAUAAAUUUGCUGACUCCCUGAAAGGGUACUUGAAGGAUGUUGGUGCUGUUAUAGAGCUAUAUAGGGCUUCACAAGCCAUUAUACACCCUGAUGAAUCAAUUUUGGUGAGACAGAGUUUGUGGACGAAACAACUUCUGAAGCAGGAAUCCUCGCCUUACAGAUUAUAUGCUGAUAAACUUCAAAGUUAUGUCGACCUAGAGGUCAAGGAUGUUCUUAAUUUCCCUUAUCAUGCCAAUUUGGAGCGGUUGUUAAACAGGAGAUCGAUGGAGCAUUACAAUGUAGAAGAAACAAGAAUUUUAAAAUCAUCUUAUAGAUCUGGCAAUUUUGCAAACCAAGAAAUUCUAAAGCUUGCAGUAGAAGACUUCAAUAUCUGCCAAUUAAUACACAUUGAAGAGUUGAAACAGCUUUCAAGAUGGGUUGUCGAGAACAGACUGGACAAACUAAAAUUUGCCAGGCAGAAACUGGCCUAUUGUUACUUCUCUGUAGCAGCUACACUUUUCUCCUCUGAACUUUCUGAUGCUCGCAUAUCCUGGGCGAAAAAUGGGGUGCUCACAACAGUUGUUGAUGAUUUCUUUGAUGUUGGGGGCUCUGAAGAGGAACUAGUGGACCUUAUUCAACUAGUUGAGAAGUGGGAUGUAGAUAUCAACACUGUUUCUUGUUCUGAAACAGUUAAGAUUAUAUUUUCCGCAAUUCACAGCACAGUUUGUGAGAUUGGAGAGAAGUCAGUCAAGUGGCAAGGACGCAAUGUGAAAAACAAUGUUAUCAAGAUUUGGUUGAAUUUGAUUCAAUCAAUGUAUAGAGAAGCUGAGUGGUUGAGAACCAAUACUGUGCCAACAAUUGAUGAUUAUAUGGAAAAUGCAUACAUAUCAUUUGCCUUGGGUCCAAUUGUCCUUCCUGCCCUCUAUCUUGUUGGACCAAAGCUUUCCGAUGGAGAUGCUGAAAGUCAUGAGUUGAACCAUCUGUAUAAGCUAAUGAGCACAUGCGGUCGUCUUCUUAAUGACAUUCGUAGUUUCAAGAGAGAAUUUGAGGAAGGGAAAUUGAAUGCACUGGCUUUGCACAUUGCUCAUGGCAAUGGAGUUUUAACUGCCGAAGAUGCCUCCGAAAAACUGAAGGGUAUUGCUGAGGAAAAGAGAAUAGAACUCCUGAGAUUAAUUUUGCAUGAAAAAGGAAGUGCAGUUCCCAGAGAUUGCAAGGAUUUGUUUUGGAAAAUGAUAAAAGUUUUGCAUAUAUUUUACAUGAAGGAUGAUGGAUUUACUUCACAUGAGAUGUACUCUAGCGUAAACGCAGUGAUUAAAGAUCCUGUCAUCUUUGAUGAAUUGUUAGAACAAGCUCGACAGAACCUUAGUUCCGUCAAAAAGCCACUAAUGCUAUGA